AUGAGUUCUUACGUCGCCAACUCGUUCUAUAAGCAAAGCCCCCCCGUGCCUGCCUAUACCAUGCAAAGUUAUGGAAAUUAUGGAAGUGUGCCGGAGGUUCAGCCCCCCAGGUACCGCUACGGCGGCUCGGAGCCCGGCAUCACCCUCCCCUCCGCCGGGGCUGCCACCUCCCUCAGCGGCGCGGAGAUGUCGGCGACCCCCCCGGCUAACCCCGAGCGCCCCUCCUGCACGCUGCUGGCUGCGGGGCACCCCUUAGAGGAGCCGGCAUCCCGAAAUCCCGGGAUUUACAGGCAGAAGAGUGCAACCCCGGCGCUGGAGGAACGAUCCCAGAGCUCGGGGGGAAUCAAAGCCGAGCCCCUGCAAACACCACAACCGGGAGGACCACAACUGCAGCAGCAACAACAACCUCCACAAAUUUACCCCUGGAUGACCAAACUGCACAUGAGCCAUG